CCUAGUUAAUAUCCUCCACAAGGAGGGGUGGGUGGGAGCAGCCUGUACCAACACUUGGAUGGUACUGAGCUGAGGACACCAGCUGAGCACCCCGGCCCUGGCCCCAAGCGUUCACACACACCCCUGCCCCCACCUCCUUGCUAGGCUGAUUGAUGACUGCAGCUGUCCCAGCAGGAGCUGACGGGAGGAUUCAGUUCAGAGGCGUGAUCACUCCAUCCAAGGCCUACAGACCCCAGAGCAGCUGUCUGUGAUUUUGUUCCACCUGAACAGCCCCCUAUCCAUCUUCCCAUAGAUAGAAAUGAGCCUUAGGCUCAGGACCCUCCCAUUUCCUUGAGACAUUCAUGGUGUGGCACUCACUCUCCUGGACAUGUUUACCCUUGGUGACCAAAUGCAGGGCCUUGGGUUCCCGAUUGGGGUUUGCACCUUGGGAGAGGCAAAGGGAAGUGCAGAACCACCUGGGUUACAGUCCCACAGAGAUCCCUGAAGUGUGGAAUCUUUGGGUUUCCUAGUCGUAAGAACUGCAACUUAUGGAUAAGCAGGUGUGGUCACCAGCAAGGGGCUUUCAGUGUCUACUUAUGGAAGAAGGGGAAGCUGUGUGUGGAUGCAUGUGUGUGUGUGUGUGGGGGGGUCGUGGUCAUUGGUGAUUUUUUUCUAAGAGACAGAGGUAAAGAUGGUGGCUGAGAAUGAUGGUGUGGUCGGGAUGCAGUGGGUGUGGUGAUGGUGGUAUGUCCUUACAUGAUGCAGGAGUAUGGAAAUGCCAGUGCUGGUUAGACUCUGAGGGGCUUUGGGGUAGCCUGUGUAAAUAUCUCUAGGUAUAUGGAUAAAGUGGGAGAGCUAAGGGUGUGGUCAGGAAACUGCUGUAUGAGUGUGAGGUGGUGGGUGUUCAACAUUUUGCAUGGGGGUAUGGAAAUGUUAUUGCAUAGAUUGGACACUGUGGGGGAUGUUCAAGGCAGGGCUGUCAGAAGCGGUAAGUAUAUAGAAUAAUUGGAUGCUCUAGAGCAGGGGGGGGGGCCUCUGUAAGGGCCGUGAGUGCAGAGUCAAGUUAGUGAGUGUGGUUGGGGUCUUCAGGAUGGGAAUGAAAAGGAUGCAAAACGGGGAUUCAAGUGUGGCACAGGGUUUGAGCUGUAGAGGGAGUUUCGCAGUGGGGCUGAGGGUGUGGUCAGAGGACUGCUGUAGAGAGCUGAGUGAGGGUGUGGUCAGGGGCUGCAGUAGGGCGCUAUGAAUAUGCACCUCAGUGCAGGGCUGAGGGUAUGGUCAGGGGUGAUGGCCGAGGGUGUGGCGAGCCAGAGCUCAGUGCAUAUGAGCUGUGGGAAUUCAGGGUGUGUUGAGAAGACCUUAGUAGGGGACUGAAGUGUAGACAAAGGGAUGUGUGCUUCAGGGAAGGAUUGAAGCACAAAGACCAUGUUCCCCCUAGCAGCAUGGAGGAGUUUAGGAGCUACUCUAUACGCCUCCACUUAGGCUCCUUCCAAUUUCCCACUCCUAAGCUCCACAGACUGGGAGCUACAGCUUCAAUCAGUGGCAAGGGGCCAGGAAGCCACUGUUGUGCCCUAGGCUUAGGGAGUGCUGGCAUGCCCCACCCGUGGGCCCCUGAUCCCCAGCCCAGCCCAGCCCAGCAGCACUGGGAGCUUCUCCCUGAAGCCGCCCUGACACCAUCCUACCCUUAGCAACACUCUCCAAGCAGCACCACCCUCCCUUAGCAACUGUCUCCAGGCUUCACAAACUGUGGCCAGGCCAGACCCAAGUUCCUGCUCCCCUCAUGUUUUUGUUUAACAGCAAAUAGUAACAAGGCCAGGGCUGGGCCAGCUGCACCCCUGCCUAGGGCAUGCACCACUGCCCUUGCUCCUGCUCUCUUGUCAGGCUUAGGCUGGGCUUUUCUAAGUCUUCAUGACCCUUAGAGAGUCACUGUCCUUAGUAAAUACCUGCCCAUACACCAGCCUUGCCUGGCACUGACCCAGCUUGACAUAGAGCUUUCAGGGAGGAAGGGCUUUUCUGUCCCCCCCCCUUUCACCCAAGUAGGCUUUGUGCCAGGGAUAGACAAAGCCGUGCCCUAGCUGCUUCCUUUAGUCUUUCUGGACAGUGCCACUGUGUUCUCAGCACUGUGUGGGCACCAUGAUCUCAUCUUCUGAGUCCUAUUGAGAACCAGGACUGGCACUGAGUGUCAGGACCUUUCUGCCCAUGGCUCUUCCUCAGCUCUGGGGCACAAGAAGACACAAGGUGCUAACCCCUCUCCCCAGACAACCCAGGCCUGACUGAGGGACUGUUCCAGAAGUGUGGCCAACUCAGACCUUGUAGGUUUUGAGAUGGCAGUAUGGAUGUUCUGGGUCUAGAGGAGGGAGCAGUAGUUUGGAUGGGAGGUAACUGAGGUGGAUCCCUACAGGGUGGCAUGGCAGCAAGCACUGAUGUAGCUGGGCUGGAGGAGAGUUUCCGAAAGUUUGCCAUCCAUGGCGACCCCAAGGCCAGUGGGCAAGAGAUGAAUGGCAAGAACUGGGCCAAGCUGUGUAAGGACUGUAAGGUGGCUGACGGAAAGGCCGUAACAGGUACAGACGUCGACAUCGUCUUCUCCAAAGUCAAGGCAAAGUCGGCUAGAGUAAUCAACUAUGAGGAGUUCAAAAAGGCCCUGGAAGAGCUGGCAACCAAGCGGUUCAAGGGGAAGAGCAAAGAAGAGGCCUUUGAUGCCAUCUGCCAGCUGGUAGCAGGCAAGGAACCAGCUAAUCUGGGUGUCACUAAAGCAAAAACAGGAGGUGCUGUGGACCGGCUGACUGACACCAGCAAGUAUACAGGUUCCCACAAAGAACGCUUCGAUGAGAGUGGCAAGGGCAAGGGCAUUGCUGGACGACAGGACAUCCUGGAUGACAGUGGCUACGUGAGUGCCUACAAGAACGCUGGCACCUAUGAUGCCAAGGUGAAGAAGUAAUACCUGGGAAGGCCCGGCCCCCAGUGGGGCUGCUCCACUGGAGGCUCAGGCCUGGGUCAAGGGUCACAUGGAGCAAGAAAGCCUGGUUCCCUCCCUGCUGGAUCUGCCACCAAGAGCUUCCUGCCCAGUCCCAGGGGCCAUCCCAUCAGGCCUCUGACCCAGACUGCUGUGUCCCUCCCUUCUUCUUGUCUCCCUGAUUUCGGUCUGGGAGUCAGUGCCUAUGCCCUCACUGCCCCAGCCUGGUCCCAGGCAUGGCUGACUCUUGCCUGCUUGCCUCAUAUUUAAGCUGCUGCUCUGGCCAAGUGCCUAAUUCUUACCCAGACCUCAAUAAAGACACCUU